AGUACAUUAUUAUUAUUAUUGUUUUAUUUUUUUGCAAAUCGUAUAUCUCAUCUACCAGACUGCCAGCUGUGCUUCAAUGGAACUAACAUUUAAUAGCUAGACUUAAGAAUACUAACUAUAUUACUGUAUCGCCAUAUUUCAUGUCAGCAUGACAUGAGAAAAUGGGGAUUAGUUCAAAAAAGGACAUUGAAAGAACGCAUGAUUAGAUUAGCAACUGGCUUUCAUGAAUCUAAACAAAAUUUGACGGAUAUAAAAUACCAUUAUAAAGGAAAAUUAAAUAAAUAUGUGAACAUGGAUACUAGCGUUCAAGGAGAUGUUAACAUGUCAGAUAACGGUACCACAAACAAGACAAAUCUGGAAAAAACAGUAUCUAAAACUAUCAAGUAUGUUUCAAAACAUACCAACACUGAGAGUGAUAGCAAAGAGAAAUACUGUAAAGGAGGCAAAUCAAGUCUAACGUCCCAAAAAGCAGUACGUGAUUUUGGAAAAUCAGAAAGUCGUUACCAAUCUGAAAGUGAUGUUCAGCUAAAUAAGAAAAAUCAGAGUGCCACCAACAAAAACCCAACCAGUACAAGAAGUACAGUUGUUGAAAUGAAUUCUAGGAAGAGUAUAACAUCUGACGAACUCCCAACAUACUUAAAUCAGGGAGCGAUCAAAUCAGGAAAAGGGCCUAAAAUCGGAUCGGAGAGCUUAAUAACUGAUAAUGACCUUCUUUUGGCUGCUACACUUGUCGCUAAUGCGAUGGUAGGAAAUACCUUUGACGUUAAACGAGAACCCCGAUUUGUCAGGUCUUACAACUUGUACAAGUCCAAAUUAAUGUGUUUGCUGUUGUACAUGGCUAUCUUAUGUACACUGUCACUGGCAAUAUUUGAAAAACCAGCCAUGCAAGAUUUUGAGAUGCCAUAUUGGGUGACAAUGAGUAUUGAAGUAUGUUGUCAAAUGGUGUUCGGGUUUCGUAUCUGUCAUCAAAAGUACUGGAGAGUUCCAAAAGGUUUCAAAAAGGACUUGAAAAUGAUACUUGCAAUAGCCUGUACUGCUUUGACCAUUCUUGACAUGAUUGCGUAUGUUUUGGUUUACAACCUUAGAUAUCCAAAUGCUGUCAGAUACUCCAGGGUUCUUCGUCCCCUCUUCAUUUUCUUCUUCUCAGAUAGCGUUCAUUUAAAAAGAGCAUGGAGUAAUAUAAGGAUAUCUUUGGUUCAGAUAAGUCACGUGAUUGUUCUUUUCUACUUCCUCAUCGCAGUGUUUGCUUUAGUGGCGAUCAAGAUAUUCCAAGAAAGAAAAGACAUAACUUUCCCAAAUGGAAGGGAAUAUUUUAAGAAUUAUUUUGAAAGCUUUUGGGAGUUAUACGUCCUUGUGACAACAGCGAACAAUCCGGAUGUCAUGAUGCCUGCAUAUGAAGAUAAUCGUUGGUACUGCCUAUUUUUCACAAGUUAUAUUAUUCUGUGCCUGUAUCUUAUUCUCAAUAUACUUCUUGCUGUAACCUACAACAGUUACAGGGAAAAUAUGAAGGUUCAAAUAAAACAUUCUGCACAUAUGAAAAAGGAAGUUUUGAAUCAAGCGUUUGAGGUCAUUAAGAUCAAUGUAGAUGGAAACGAAAUGGUUACAUACAAAACAUGGACAAGGCUGAUAAAUCUUGCACAUCCUGGAGUAACGAAACACCAGACCGAUCUAUUGAUGAUGGUCCUAGAUACUGAUAAAACGGGAUUUAUAACUCGUCAGCAAUUUUCCAACAUCGCAGACUUGUUGAACGUACCAAUAUCGGUGGUGUCUGAAAGGAAAAAUUUUAUGGAGUUACACUUCAAAACAUUAUAUAACUCAAGAUCAAGCAGAGCAUUACGAAAAGUAGUUGAAUCAAUGUAUUUCAGCUUAGUUUAUGACGGGAUAGUUUUCGUGAACGUCAUCCUGAUUGCCGUGAACGUCAAAGAUGCUGACUGGGCGUUUUGUUGUCUGUACAUUCUUGAGAUAGCGUUGAAAUGGUAUAGCUUUGGCACGAAAAGAUAUCUUAACAGUCUUAGUAAUUGGUCCGACCUGAUAAUAACCGUUAUAUCAUUCAUCAUCCUGGUUGUAGCAGAAAUUCAAGGUAAUUCGUAGAGAAAUUUCCUACCUAAUAACAUAUAGCUUAAAUGCAAUCAGUAUGUUUAAUUUACUUUAUUUUACAAUC